UUUUUCAGGGGCGUCCGAGUGUUCGUCCUCUGCAAGAUUUGAUUCGAUUCAUUCGGCUGUUGUUGCGUUGGCUGGCAAGGAACUGACUCAAAGCGGAAUCUACCAGUAUGUUAUCCUCAAAAGUUGCCUCCGCCGUUUUGCACAAAGCUACACAACAGUUCUGCAAAAGCCUCGGUGCAAGCUUUGUUGGAAGCCGAAAUGUCUCCAUAAAUCAACCACUAAAUGCAGAAAAGCAAGGAGCUGCUGAAGUUGCCACAAUUUUGGAAGAGAGAAUUAGUGGCACAGCUCCAUCGGAAGAUUUAACAGAAACUGGAAGAGUGCUGGCGAUCGGAGAUGGUAUUGCCCGUGUCCAUGGGUUACGCAAUAUCCAAGCAGAAGAGAUGGUGGAAUUCAGUAGCGGCCUCAAGGGUAUGGCUCUCAACUUGGAAAGAGACAAUGUCGGUGUUGUAGUUUUUGGUAAUGACAGGAAUAUCAAAGAAGGGGACAUUGUUAAACGAACUGGAGCAAUUGUAGAUGUCCCAGUUGGUGAAGAACUUCUCGGAAGAGUCGUUGAUGGAUUAGGAAAUCCUCUUGAUGGCAAGGGUCCUUUGAACACAAAAAUCAGAAGAAGAGUAGAUGUGAAGGCACCUGGUAUUAUUUCUCGUAUCAGUGUGAGCGAGCCUAUGCAAACUGGUUUGAAAGCUAUAGAUUCACUUGUGCCAAUCGGAAGAGGACAGCGUGAACUGAUUAUUGGAGAUAGGCAAACGGGCAAAACUGCUGUUGCGAUUGACACCAUUAUCAAUCAGAAACGAUUCAAUGAAGGCAAAGAUGAAAAGAAAAAAUUGUAUUGCAUCUAUGCUGCUAUUGGACAAAAACAGUCUACAGUUGCUCAACUUAUCAAAAGAUUGGAAGAUGAAGAUGCUCUCAAGUAUACGGUCUUUGUCGUUGCAUCUGCAGCCUAUGCUGCUCCUUUGCAAUAUCUUGCACCUUACUCUGCAUGCUCUAUAGGAGAAUAUUUCCGUGAUAAUGGCAAACAUGCAUUGAUCAUAUACGAUGAUUUGUCAAAACAGGCUGUUGCAUACCGUCAAAUGUCUCUAUUGCUCAGACGUCCACCGGGUCGUGAGGCUUAUCCAGGCGAUGUCUUUUACUUGCAUUCUCGUCUUCUCGAGAGAGCAGCAAAAAUGAAUGAUGAUUUUGGCGGUGGUUCUUUGACUGCUCUUCCUGUCAUCGAAACUCAAGCUGGUGACGUAUCUGCUUACAUUCCAACAAAUGUCAUUUCAAUUACUGAUGGACAAAUAUUUUUGGAAACUGAGCUUUUCCACAAGGGUAUCAGACCUGCUAUCAAUGUAGGUUUGUCUGUCAGUCGUGUAGGAUCUGCUGCACAAAUUAAAGGAAUGAAACAGGUAUCUGGAACCAUGAAGCUGGAUCUUGCCCAAUAUCGUGAGGUCGCUGCAUUCGCACAGUUCGGAAGUGACAUGGACGCCGCUACUCAACAACUGUUAAAUCGUGGUGUCAGACUUACAGAACUGCUGAAACAAAUUCAAUACUCACCUAUGGAUAUUGCUGAACAGAUUGUUGUAAUUUUCUGCGGUGUAAGAGGUUUCUUGGACAAAAUUGAUCCAACUAGAAUAACUGAAUACGAAGAACAAUUUUUAGUCCACAUGCGAACCAACCAUGCCGGUUUGGUAGAUACUAUUCGUUCUGAGGCUAUGUUAUCAGAGGACACCGAAACUAAAUUGAAAGAAAUUGUGCUCAACUUCGUCAAAACCUUCCAAUCGACCGCCACGUAACUUCAGCAACAACAUUAUUCUCCCUUUUCUGUCUUAGUGAAAAUUUAGGUUAGGUCAGUCCCAUCCUUUUGGUUUCAAAUCUUUAUUUAUGAAGUUGUCCUUUACAGUCGAUGACUAAGUUCAGCAAAAUAUUUUUGGUUUACCUCCAGAGGUCAUAUGAUUCUGGCUAUGCUUUUUUUUUUCUGUGUUCCAUCUGUUGUUGUUGAAUUCCACUGGCGUAUUCGAUUGUUGUGACCUUUCUAAAAUUUAAUAAAGAAUAUUACGUUGAA